GACCUCAAAAUCUACGUUUGGUUAAGCUUUCACCUGCCCUUGCAAAUACACCACAUUCUUCACACGUACCCUUUGCCCCACUAUUUCCUUUUUCAUCUCUUCCUGUUCAUGAAUCUUUGACUUCCCAUCUUCAAACCCCAUUUUCUUGGAUACCAACUAUACCAUACCAUACUCUUUAAUUCUGUUUAGUUGGUAUCCUCUGUUCUCUUGGGUUUCCAGUUCAUACAAAUAAAAACGAGAGCAAAAACUUUUUGAGCCAAGUUGUCAACUGUUGUUCGUUUAAGCUCAGGCCAGCAAGAAAAAAAAAAGAUGGUGGGGGCUUUAUCAAUGGUGGGUUCAUCAGUUAUGGACUCUCAAACUGGUCCAUGUUUGUGCUUGGAUGCAUUGCCAUCCACCAACAUGAACCUCAAAACCGGUGCGGAGUUGGGGAUGCAAAGGAGGCAUUCAAUGAAAAGAAAGCAUGCGAUGGCAAGGCCUGGGUGUUUGGAGUUAAGCAGUUCUUUUGUAGAUUCAUGGCAUGAUUCGAGGUUGUCUUCCAAGGUGAUUCCAGGUAUCAUGAGUAAGAAUUUAAGGAAGCAGCGUAAGGACCGGAAGCUUGUGGUGGUCGACAAUUUAGGAGGGCAAUAUGAAGAUACUUUUUCGGAUGUUAAAACGCAAUUGCUCAACUAUUUCACAUACAAAGCAGUGAGGACUGUUCUUAAUCAGCUCUAUGAGAUGAAUCCACCACAAUAUACAUGGUUCUAUCAGUUUGUAGCAGCAAAUAAGCCCAGUGAAGGCAAGCGUUUCUUACGCAUCCUUGGCAAGGAGAGGCAAGAGCUUGCUGAAAGAGUGAUGAUAACAAGACUUCAUUUGUAUGGGAAGUGGAUUAAGAAAUGUGAUCAUGCUCAAAUAUACAAAGAGAUCUCGGAUGAGAACUUGGAACUGAUGCGGGAGCGGCUCAUCGAGACUGUGGUUUGGCCUUCUGAUGAUACAAACACUGAGAAGAUUGGCUGAGGGACCCGAUUCUAUCUGAUUUUCUUUUCUCCUUUUCUUUCUUCUCUUUUAUUAGAAUUAGGAAUCCUUUCUGUAGAAUCAUUAAGUCAAUAUGGUACCAAUGACUAGUCACUCAUGUAUAUAAACAUUACCCAUCAUUUCAGAUGAUUCUAAUGGAAGGAAUUGAAGCUGUGAUUGCUCAA